AUGAAGAACGUCGUUCGCCGGAAGCUGACCGGCUACGUUGGUUUUGCCAACCUGCCCAACCAAUGGCACCGUAAGAGUGUCCGCAAGGGAUUCAACUUCAACGUGAUGGUUGUUGGUGAGUCUGGUCUCGGAAAGUCGACUCUCGUGAACACACUCUUCAACGCCUCGCUCUACCCUCCUAAGGAACGCACCGGCCCUAGCCACGACAUUAUUCCCAAGACCGUUUCUAUCCAAUCUAUCAGCUCCGAUAUUGAAGAGAACGGUGUCCGUCUCCGUCUGACCGUGGUUGACACCCCCGGAUUCGGUGAUUUCGUGAACAAUGACGACUCGUGGCGCCCGAUUGUGGAGAACAUCGAACAGAGAUACGAUGCCUACCUGGAGGCCGAGAACAAGGUCAACAGAACCAACAUUGUCGACAACCGCAUCCACGCUUGCGUUUACUUCAUCCAGCCCACUGGCCACUCCUUGAAGCCCCUCGAUAUCGAAGUCAUGCGCAGGUUGCACACCAAGGUCAACCUGAUUCCUGUGAUCGCCAAGGCUGACACCUUGACGGACGAGGAGAUUGUGGACUUCAAGAAGAGGAUCUUGGCCGAUAUCCAGCACCACUCCAUUCAGAUCUUCGAAGGCCCCCGCUAUGAGCUUGACGACGAGGAGACCAUUGCCGAGAACCAGGAGAUCAUGUCCAAGGUCCCGUUCGCUGUCGUUGGAGCCAACUCCGAGGUCACGACCCCUGAUGGCCGCAAAGUGCGCGGUAGAAGCUACCCCUGGGGUAUCAUUGAAGUCGACAACGAGGAACACUGCGACUUUGUCAAGCUGCGCCAGAUGCUGAUCCGCACCCACAUGGAGGAGCUCAAGGAACACACCAACAACUCUCUGUACGAGAACUACCGCUCCGACAAGCUCACCCAGAUGGGUGUGGCCCAGGACCCAAGCGUCUUCAAGGAGGUCAACCCUGCUGUCAAGCAGGAGGAGGAGCGUGCCCUCCACGAGCAGAAGCUUGCCAAGAUGGAGGCAGAGAUGAAGAUGGUCUUCCAACAGAAGGUCGCAGAGAAGGAGAGCAAGCUGAAACAGAGCGAAGACGAACUAUACGCCCGACAUCGCGAGAUGAAGGACCAACUGGAACGGCAACGUCUGGAGCUGGACGAGAAAAAGGCGCGCCUCGAAAGUGGGAGGCCAAUCGAAAAGGAGACGAAGCGAAAGGGAUUCUCGCUUCGUUAG